AGUUGUAAAGUGUCUGGAUAAUCUGGUAAAAUCCCGGAUAGAGAUGUCGCAAAUUGUUACCAGAUAACCGAACAUUUAGUUGUCUUGGUCCGACCUUCUUUUUUGUGCUGCACAGUACAUUUUCUUUGAAAUUGACGGUCGCUUUUUGUCAAGAUGCGGGACAAAGGAUUUUCAGCGCAAGGCCCGAUCUUCUGCAUUUCUUCCAUUUUUGUAACACUGCACCUCGUUUGUGGAGAUCUGAGCUAUUCCUUUCCCGAGGAGAUUAAACGAGACUCAGCAAUGGGAAAUAUAGCAAAGGAUCUCGGUUUUGAUUUGAGGACUUUAUCUUCCCGGAAGGCUCGUGUUACUUUUGAGGGCACUCAUAAGCGUUACUGUGAUAUUAAUAUGAGAACGGGGGAUCUGAUCACAUUGGAGAGAAUCGACAGAGAAAGCCUUUGUGCCAAGAAACCUUCAUGUGUUGUGCAAGUGGAUCUGGUGUUAGAAAAUCCGUUAGAGCUUCAUCGUGUAAGUCUUCAUAUACAAGACGUGAACGACAACUCGCCAAAAUUCAAAAAGAAUUUGAUUGAGAUGGAAAUAAGCGAGUCAGCAGUUAAAGGUAACCGCUUCUCAAUAGAGCAGGCCCGUGACGCAGAUAUAGGUCAAAAUGCUGUGCAAAGGUACGAGCUUCAAAAGAACGACAACUUUAUUCUGGCUGUUGACAGCAACAAGGUUGAACUCAUACUAGAAAACACUCUUGAUAGAGAGAAACAAAGCGUGAUGAAUUUACUUCUCACAGCUUUGGACGGUGGAUCUCCUCAGAGAUCCGGUUCCGUAGUCAUACGCGUCACUGUGCUGGAUGCUAAUGAUAACGCCCCAGUGUUCAGCCAGGCCGUUUAUAAAGCCAGUCUGCCUGAAAACUGUCCUUUAGAUACACCAGUGAUUAAAGUCAGUGCCACAGACGGAGACGAAGGAGUGAACGGAGAUGUAACGUAUGACUUAAGUCACGUGUCUGACGACGACAUAAAUGUAUUUUCAAUUGAUCCUAAAACGGGAGAAAUUAAAGUAACUGCUGUGAUUGACUUUGAAGACAGAAAUUCUUUUGAAAUGAGAGCAGAAGCGAAAGAUGGUUUAGGUCUAACUUCUUACGCCAAAGUGUUAAUAGAUGUGACUGAUGUAAAUGAUAAUGCACCAGUUAUAUAUCUAAAUUCAGUGUCUAACCCCACACCGGAGAACGUGCCACCUGGUACAGAGGUGGGCAUUAUUAAUGUUCAGGACAGAGACGCUGGGAAUAACGGGCAGGUCCACUGUUCGAUCCAGCAGGGUGUCCCCUUUAAGUUGGUUCCUUCUAUUAAAAACUAUUAUUCUCUGGUGACCACAGGACAAUUGGACCGCGAACUAGUGUCCAAUUACAACAUUACAAUCACUGCCACUGACGAGGGCUCUCCACCUCUGUCCUCUUCUAAAAGUGUUCAGUUAUCUGUAGCUGAUAUCAACGACAACCCACCUGUGUUUGAUGAGCAGUCGUACAGUGCAUAUGUGAGUGAGAAUAAUAAACCUGGCUCCACUUUAUGUUCCGUUAGUGCUCGAGACCCUGACUGGAGACAGAACGGUACAGUGGUUUAUUCUCUGUUAGCUAGUGAGGUGAACGGUGCCCCGGUGUCCUCCUAUCUGUCUGUGAACGGAGACACGGGUGUGAUCCACGCUGUGAGGUCGUUUGAUUAUGAACAGUUUAGGAGCUUCAAAGUCCACGUGAUGGCCAGAGACAACGGUUCUCCUCCUCUCAGCAGCAACGUGACCGUGAGUGUGUUCAUCUCAGAUGUGAAUGACAACUCUCCUCAGAUCCUGUACCCUUCCCCGGAGGGCAACUCCUUCAUGACCGAGCUGGUCCCCAAAGCUGCACACGGAGGCUCUCUGGUGUCCAAAGUGAUCGCGGUGGACGCAGACUCUGGACAGAACGCCUGGCUGUCCUAUCAAAUAGUCAAAUCCACAGAUCCGGGACUUUUUACCAUUGGUGUCCACAGCGGAGAGAUCAGGACACAGCGGGACAUUUCUGAAUCUGACAGCAUGAAACAGAACCUUGUAGUGGCAGUGAAAGAUAACGGACAGCCCUCUCUGUCUGCCACCUGUUCCAUGUAUUUACUUAUUUCUGAUAACUUGGCUGAGGUGCCAGAACUGAAGGAUCUGUCUUAUAAUGAGAGCAAUUCCAAACUGACCUCUUAUCUGAUCAUUGCGCUGGUGUCUGUGUCCACGUUUUUUCUGACUUUUAUCAUCAUCAUUCUGGGUUUGAGGUUUUGUCGCAGGAGAAAGCCCAGACUGUUGUUUGACGGAGCAGUUGCCAUCCCCAGCGGUUAUCUCCCUCCUAAUUACGCAGAUGUUGAUGGCACGGGAACUUUACGCAGCACUUACAAUUAUGAUGCAUACCUGACCACAGGUUCUAGAACCAGUGACUUUAAGUUUGUGACAUCAUACAAUGACAACACGCUGCCUGCUGACCAGACUCUGAAGAAAAGUCCAUCAGACUUUGCUGAUCCGUUUGAAGACAUCACAACAUCCUCUGAGGUAGAAAAACGCAACUUCUUUCCCACAUAUAUAAACAUAUAA